CCCAAUAUUUACUGCCGUUCAAAAAAAAAAAAAAAAAAAAAAAAAAAAACCUAAUAUAAUAUUUACUCCCUCAUCACACUUCUCGAGACGCACUUCACAUCCGUCAGUGAGCUUUUCUCUCCGCCGUUGACUACCGGUCUCCGGUAACAAUAUCUACCGGAAUUAUAUAAAUCAAAGUUUCUUACACUUCAGUCACUCACCUGUAACCCUACGAUGGCCAUUCCAAUUCCGUCACGCCAGUUAUUCAUCGACGGCGAGUGGAGAGAACCUGUUAAGAAGAAUCGCAUCCCUGUCAUCAAUCCGGCUACCGAACUCAUCAUCGGGGAUAUUCCAGCUGCUACAGCAGAAGAUGUUGAUAUUGCUGUGGAAGCCGCUCGCAAAGCUCUGAAACGUAAUGGAGGAAAGGAUUGGGCAUCGGCUUCAGGAGCUCAUCGUGCUAAGUAUUUGCGUGCUAUUGCUUCAAAAAUAGUGGAGAAAAAAUCUGAACUGGCAAAACUCGAAGCCAUCGAUUGCGGAAAACCGCUUGAAGAAGCAGCAUGGGAUAUGGAUGAUGUAGCAGGAUGUUUUGAGUACAAUGCAGAUCUUGCUGAAGCAUUGGAUAAAAAGCAAAAUGCAUCUGUUACUCUUCCAAUGGACACAUUCAAAUGUCAUCUUAUUAGGGAACCAAUUGGUGUAGUUGGGCUAAUUUCCCCAUGGAAUUACCCUUUGCUGAUGGCUACAUGGAAAGUUGCUCCCGCACUAGCAGCUGGAUGUGCUGCUGUACUUAAACCAUCAGAAUUGGCAUCUCUCACUUGCUUGGAGUUAGGUGAAAUAUGCAAAGAGGUGGGCCUUCCCCCUGGUGUUCUUAAUAUUUUGCCUGGAUUAGGUCCAGAAGCUGGUGCAUCAUUGGCAUCUCAUCCGGAUGUUGACAAGAUUGCAUUUACUGGAAGCAGUGUCACUGGAAGCAAAGUUAUGACUGCUGCAGCGCAGAAUCUUAAGCCCGUUACCCUUGAACUUGGUGGAAAAAGUCCAAUAGUGAUAUUUAAUGAUGUUGACAUUGAUAAAGCUGUUGAGUGGACCCUCUUUGGUUGCUUCUGGACAAAUGGUCAAAUAUGCAGUGCUACAUCUCGCCUUCUAGUGCAUGAAAGUAUUGCUGACGAGUUUGUAGACAAGCUCGUUAAGUGGACUAAAAACAUCAAGAUUUCAGACCCCUUGGAGGAAGGUUGUAGGCUCGGCCCUAUAGUUAGUGGCGGUCAGUAUGAAAAGGUGUUAAAAUUUGUAUCAACAGCCAAAAGUGAAGGCGCGACGGUUUUAUGUGGAGGGGAACGUCCUCCGCAUUUGGAAAAAGGAUUUUAUAUCGAGCCAGCUAUUAUUACUAAUGUCAGCACAUCUAUGCAAAUCUGGAAAGAGGAAGUGUUUGGACCGGUGCUUUGUGUCAAAACAUUUGCAACAGAAGAAGAAGCUAUUGAAUUAGGAAAUGAUACUCAUUAUGGAUUGGCUGCUGCGGUGAUAUCUGAUGAUCUGGAAAGGUGUGACCGUGUAUCAAAGGCUUUGGAUGUAGGAUGCGUCUGGGUGAACUGCUCACAGCCAUGCUUCUGUCAAGCUCCAUGGGGAGGAAAAAAGCGUAGCGGUUUUGGUCGUGAGCUAGGAGAAUGGGGUCUAGAGAACUACCAGAAUGUGAAGCAGGUGACACGCUAUCUUUCCGAUGAAGCAUGGGGUUGGUAUAAGCCUCCAUCUCAAUAAGCUAUAUGAGCUUGGCAACAAACCAUGGUAUUGGUAAUAAUUAUAUAAAUAAAAAGCCAGUUUACCAUAAUAAGGAGGAAGAAGGUGAACCGAUAUUUGGAUACAACCUUCUAAGUUAUACGCAACAUGCCACGGGCAUAUUCGACAUUAGGUCGUAUUGUGAAAAAUCUGUUGUAUUUUUUUCCUCUGUUGUAUGUUUUUUGCCGUAAUCAACCACUUGACAGAUUGAUUUGAAAUGGAUAAUGAGGUUUGUGUGUUGAA